GUCAGUGCCCUUUUGUUAGGGCAAAGGUGGACCCUAGUGCCUUGCCAUAGGCCUCUCGCGGCGUCUAGAGGCCAGUGCGCAGGCGUGCAAUCUCGCAUUAGGAUUGGUGGGGGUACGCCUCCUCGCUCGGCGCACGCUCCGUGGGCGGGAAGGGCGGAGCUGACGCUGUCAGUUGGUCCCAGAGCCGCGGCCUGAGGCGUCGUACCCAUCCCACCUCUUCCCGGCGCCUCAGACGCUAGACUAUUCAUUAAAGAGUUUGCGUUCAAGAGCUAAAAGUCUGUUACCCAAGAUGAUGAAUGCUGACAUGGACGCAGUUGAUGCUGAAAAUCAGGUGGAACUGGAAGAAAAGACUCGGCUUAUUAAUCAGGUGUUGGAACUCCAACACACACUUGAAGAUCUUUCUGCAAGAGUAGAUGCAGUUAAGGAAGAAAAUCUGAAGCUAAAAUCGGAAAAUCAAGUUCUUGGACAGUAUAUAGAAAACCUCAUGUCUGCUUCUAGUGUUUUUCAAACAACUGACACAAAAAGCAAAAGGAAGUAAAGGGUUCGCCUCCCUCUCUUCUAUGGAUUGCUGCUUUUUUCCUUCCCCCUUAAGGCUUGUUUGCUUCCCUGAGUAUUUAUAAAGAGAAUGUCAGAUCUAGGUAAUACUAAUGCUUAACAGGGGCGUCUCUGAGUUAACCUGAUGUGUCUACGUUAGUCUAUGAAAAUGUGCACAGGUAGAGACUUUAUAUUAGAAUUACAGAUAUUUAUGAAUCUUGAAGAUGAAUGUUUUGCCAAUUUGCUUAUAUAUAUAUAUAGGUUUAGCACUGUCUUUUAUCAUAAGCCUAACUAGUAAAAUAUACAAGAAAAUAACCAUGUUGUGAAAAAGUGACCAAAACCAUGUACUGAAUGCACAGCUCCUGUACCUUGUGCACCGUCUUGUGCCUCUCCUCCAUCUGCCUCUUCUUCCCAUCUCCCUCCUGACAGUAACGUCAGUUCUCAUCUCCCGCAAGAGUAACCUGAACUGUAAUUGUUGACACUUAACCAAAAUAAGAUACUUUCUUAGCUAAGGCUUGCCAUUUGUGUAUUUAGUAAUAAGAUAGGAUUACUGGUUUCUCUUUAAUCAGUUGAAAAUAGUUGAAGCUAUAAAAAAUAAAGGGUUUUCUUUGAAAUGUAAACUGUCAUACUGAGAAGCUAAAAACUCCCUAUUGCAUAAAAUAGUCUGUUUGGUGUUGAAAAGAUCGGAAUGCUGGUUACAUGUGUAUGAGGAAAAAAGCUGAGGAAAGAUAGAAUUAGGAAGGAAAACUGGAUAAACAGAAAUACCCUCCCAGUGUUUCCCUCCAGAUGUGCGUUACCUCUGGCCCACAGCUGCACUUUUGGGACAUGAAUGAAAGUGGACUGAGUCUAAUGUAAGUGGAUUAAGAGAGACCAGUUAAGAGUUUGGUCUCAAGGUUUGUUUGUACCCAGGAGAUGAACUUUUACAAAAUUAAUUGAGAGUAUAUUAGUAUCAGAAUCAUGAAUAUAAGAGAGUUUUGUAUAUGUGAUAAUUAUUAACCUUAGUAUCUUAUCUCAGUUGUUUUCCUAGAAUUUCUGUAAACUCAACUUAGUUUGCAGAAUUUUAGUCAUUCUUUUAACAAAUUUUAAAAGUUUCAUUUGUAGCUUCCGUUUGAUAAGGAGCUAAUAUCAGAAAUAGAGUAAAGUCUUACAAUAGGAAAGAUCCACUAAUGCAGCUGGUGCCUCGUAGACUGGGCUGCUGUGACUUGUGGAAUCAUCUUUGUAUUAAUGUAAGCCUUGAUGGGUGAUGUUAGCUGUAUGGAUGUGUAAUCUUCACAUUACAGACAUUUUACAACCCUUUUGUGACCUUGUUACAAAUAUUUAAAAUUGUGUUCAAGUUCUGCUUUGCUGUUUAAUAAAAAGCUGUUUCAGAGGU